AUGGCAGUAUCUGGGGAGUUUGCAAACGAUGGCAAUGAAGCUAUUGAGGUGUCCCAACGUGAAGCAUGCCCCACAGACCUCGGGGCCCAGCGUGAUGGCACGGAUCGGCUGCACAGCUCCCGCACCGCUGACGUCAGGGAGCAGCAGUGUGCUGCGGAUCGCCUGGCACACCAGCGGCACGAGUUGGAGCGAGUCGCACAGGGGCAUCGGCAGAAGAUCGCAGUGGAGGAGGAGAACAUCAGGAAAAGGCGGGAGGAGUUUGAACAGGAGCUCCAAGCCAGGCAGACGGCCAUACGUGAUCAUGAGCAGCAAGUCCUGGACCGUGAGCGGCGUCUUAGGUCACAGGAGUGGGAUCUGCAGCAGCAGCUGACAGAAUCUGGCAGAGCUGCUCGAAGAAGCCGGCUGGAAGCCCGAUGCCAGGUGGAAAAGGAACUUGCCCAGCAGCAGUCCCAGGUUGCUGCCGACAGGCUGCAGAUCGAGGAAGCUCGUCUGCAGCUGCAGCGCCAGGCCUCCCACGAAAAGGCACAGCUGGCUACCUGCCAGGACCAGCUGGCUAAGGCGCAGGCUAUGCUCUCAGAGGAACGGGUCAAGGCAGCUGCCCACGCAAGCCGCGAGGCGGGCUUUGCCAAACAGGUGGAGGGGCUGCAGGCAGAGGUGUCCCGCCUGCGUUGCGACCUGGCUGUGGCAGUUGGGGCCAUCACGAGGCAGUGCCCUGGCCGGAGGCCACAAGUGCCACCGCACGAUAGCGCUUCUGGUGCUCUGCAUGGGGGAGACUCUCAUCUCCAGAGCCUGUUGCUGGAGAUUGGGCAGUACAAGGCAGUGAUCGUGAAGUCGAAAUCUGCCAUAAAGAGGCUUGACAGGACAAAAAGUCGCCUCAUUGAUGAACUCGACGCAUCGCAAGACAGAGAGGGUUACUGGAAGGGUCGUGCAGAAGAAACAGAGGCACUCCUGGACGAGGCCAUCGAGGCUAGAGAAAACGCAGUGGGUCGUGUGGAGGAGCUGGGGUUUAAGCUAUGCCAGGCAGAACGCGAGAUGUCCGAAACCAGGGUCAGGCUUGAGAGGGCGUGUCAGGAGCUGAGCAUCUUGAGGCACUCGGCGUCAAGGAGCGCAGCAUCUGUGGCAGGCAACAGGUCCGAGGCAACGCCGGCAGCUGCGCCCAGCAGGGCUGCUGCGCAGCCCCACCUCCCUCGCGAGUUGCACACCUUGGACAGGCCCUUCGCCGCUGCGCCGCCAAUCCACCCUCUGCAAUGCCCAACAAGACGCGGCGAGCAUUUCGUGUCAUCCGGGCGGGGUAUGCGACACAGCAGCAGCUUCUCAGAACUUUUGCCGCACCGGAUGGACCAACUCAACCGUGAGGAAGAGAGCCUGGCGCUGCAGCUGAGGGAGUUCAAAAGGCGGGUGGAGGCUGGCCGACGGGCAUCCGGACGCGACAUAUCGAAGCUCAAAAGGAGGGCAGAGCGAUGCAGGAGGAGGGCAGAUCGCCGGGCUGACAAUUUGGGCGGCGACCGCGUCGACAUUUUCUCUGACACAGAGACGCCGUCGUCACCAAGCUCGGUGCUAACUGCGACCUCGCCACUGGUGGCUUGCGUGCAUUGGCCAGCAGGCGGCCACAGCCACUGCACGGGGCCAUCCCUGACGGAAGCAAUUCGACGCGCAGUCUCGCGCGGAAGGUGCCUCGAUGGAGUUGAUGCGGAGGAGCACCAUCAUGACCCUGCACAAGCGAAAGAUGAAAUCGACGACGAUGCCAUUGUGCGUUCCACCAGGGAUGCGACUGAGGGCCCGUCCUGCCGUGCGCACAACGCCAGGGGCUACACAGCAAAUGACGUGGCUGCGGCGCCGUCGCUCCAGAUGAUGCCCAGCGAUCGUCCCACACACGACGCCCCUGAUGGGGGCCGAGAGGGCUUCUGCGUGCGCAAGCAUGGGGCGUCCGCACGCGAAGGCUUGCAAAGCCAUACAUGGGGCUCCGGGGGCCCAAAUCGAGAGAAGAGUCUGGGGACAGAUGCUGGGGUUGAGAGCGCCGUUGACAGACGCCCAGAAAUAAAAAAUUCCUGUGAAUCACACGCACAUUCCUUCGCCGAAAUGAGAGAAGUGGACGGGAGGGUUGAAGAACGCACAAAUGUGGAGCAGCGCGCUCACCCACUCGGCCAGUCACAGCAUGAAGGAGGUUCCCCAAGUGUGAUUCGUCGAGAGCUCUCAAACAACGGGACAUUGCUCAACAGAACGGAUACUUCUUCGUCUGCCAAAGUCGCAGGCGAAGAAAGGAGUGAGGCCGCCGACGCGGAGGCCCACAGCGUCGGUGUCGAAUGUGGCUUGAGAUCUUCGCUGCCAAAUUCUGUGCUGCUACAUUCAAGGGCUGAAGAGGUGUCCACCAUCAGGCACCGGAUGGCCGGGACGGUGCACGUGGAGGAAGGAUACCAACCGACUUCCGGAUAUAGGCGCCUCCUCCCCCCUCUCAAAGAAACCACAGAAACUAUCACCGCAGCUGGCCCCCACGGCGCAGAGCGCCUCCAACACCCUGAUGUCAUCAGCGAGAAGAAUGCGUCUCGGAAUUCUGAAGCCGCGCUGCCUGAUCCUGUCCAGGGGCUUUCCAGUGAAGCUGCUGCGCCGCAACGCCUGACGUCUACAUCACCUGACGGCCAUGGGCAUUGUGACCUUCGUCUGGCUCCGGGUGCAAACGGAAAGAACCCUGCCGGCCAGCACAUUCCGCAUUUUGACGUCGCAGACUCAGCCCUCCUGAACUUCAAGGUGGGCUGCGACCCGCCUUCAGAUGCAGCGCCUUCUUCAGACGGAUCGCGUGUAGCGGCAGACACGACUCAGUUUGAAAUCACACGUAGGGAUGCCAGAGGUGUACUAUGUCAGUCAGAGGACGCAGAAAAGGAGACAGACAGCCAUUUUGAUCCUGGAGCAAUGGGCAAUAAGCCCGAGGAAGCCCCGAUGGAGACAGAGCAGGAGGAUCGAGACCUGCGUCCAAAGCCGUCGCUGCCUGAUGUCGAGCUGCUGCCGUUGGCAAAGGAUGCCCUGCGGCAUCAGAAUAGCGGCGAGUUUGACAGCCGCAUCAGCAGCCGCGGGUCCACAGGCGUCUCGGAGCCCAGCUUUGAGGCGCCAGAGGACAGGUAUUUCUGA